UCAAAAGACCCCGCAAUUGUCUAUCUUACUCUCUCGGUGAAGGAAAUUUAUCUUCAUCAUUAUUGAGGUAUAUAUUACCUACCCAUUGAUGUCUCUCAUAUGCAUUUUUUCUCCCAAAAUUUUUUCUCCAAUUAGGUCUUUAUUUCAUUGACAUGUAACCUAGAUAGCUACCAUGAUAAUCAAACAUUUCCUAGUAGCCGUUUCCCUUAUUCUUGUCACUGUUAUUCCUCUCCAUAUCUUGAAGUAUUCCAGAUCUUCUCAGUGGCCAUCACCUGCUAAACUCAUAAAAGUUGGGAAAGAAUGUAAUAUUUUCCAUGGAAAAUGGAUUUGGUACCCCAAUACUGGAAGUCACUAUACUAAUACGACAUGUCGUGGAAUCUCUGAUCACCAAAACUGCAUCAAGUUUGGAAGACUUGACACUGAUUUCUUGAAAUGGAGAUGGAAACCAGAGCAAUGUGAGUUAUCUUUAUUUAAUGCAACACAAUUCUUGGAGCUUGUAAGAGGAAAAUCAAUGGCCUUCGUUGGGGACUCUUUAGGAAGAAAUCAUAUGGAGUCACUUCUUUGCCUCUUGGCCACUGUAGGCUACCCCUUAGAUGUAAAUACAUCAGAUCCAAGUUUCAAAAAAUGGGUUUUUGUGAACUACAAUUUCACAUUAGCUUCCUUUUGGUCACCUCAUUUGGUUAAAGCCAUUGACACAGAACCAAAUGGCCCAACCUACAAUCGCCUGAUGAAUCUUUACUUGGAUGAAGCAAAUGAAGCCUGGGCAGCUCAGAUUGAGGCAUUUGACUAUGUAAUAAUCUCAGCUGGAAGAUGGUUCUAUGGUCCCCAAGUGUUCUUUGAAAAGGGCAAGACUGUUGGUUGUUAUUUAUGCCUGAAAAAUAACAUCAAGAACCUCACUAUGUUCUAUGGAUACAGAAGGGUUUUUAGAACUGCUUUUAAAACCCUAAUGGGUCUUAAAAAUUUUAAUGGAGUAACAUUUUUGAGGACAUUGUCACCCUCACAUUUUGAAAAUGGGGAGUGGGACAAAGGAGGGAAUUGUAUAAGGACAAGGCCAAUUUCUAGUGGAGAAGUGAAAUUGGAUGAGAAUGAUAUGAGGCUAUAUGUGACUCAAAUUGAGGAGUUAAAGAGAGCAGAAAGGGAAGGGAAGAAAAGGGGUUUGAAAUUUAGAUUGUUAGAUAUAAUGGAAGCUAUGAUUGUGAGGGCAGAUGGACAUCCUAACAAUUUUGGGCAUUGGGAAGAUGAAAAUGUGAGAAUUUCUGAUUGUGUGCAUUGGUGCUUGCCUGGCCCUGUUGAUACUUGGAAUGAGUUCUUGCUUCAUAUGUUGAAGAUGGAAAAGGAGACAAGUUAGGCUUUGUUUGGAUGAUGCAAGGAAAGGUUUGUUUAAGUAAAGUAAUGUCGGUAAGGUAACACCAAAAAAAGUAAAGUAAUGUAAGGCAUGGUAAAGCAAUGUAAGGUACUUUUUAUAUUUAGAAGGAAGAUAAAAACAAAACAAUUGGAUAUGUGGAAAGAUCUCUUGAGUUCGAUCUCUACUAAAUAUACCAUCCUUACUAAA